GGAGUGGACAAGAAGGGAGUGGAGGCGGAGGCUAAAGUUGCAGCUGUUGAAUAUUCAGGCCACAGUACACGAAUGCUCAUAUUACUAACUGACUUUUUGGACAAGUUUGUAUUUUACUCAUCAAUGGUGCAAGAAGAACAGCUUAUAAUAAGAAGAGAAGACGAUAUAAAAAGACAGGACGUGGAUGCUUGGCAAGAGUGUUGCUGAAGUUUGACCAGAGCAGCCUAAAUUACAGUUCAGGAAGUUGAAGCAAGAGCUGAUACAUUGAGAAUAAUUUUACCCUUUUGUUAAUUACAAGUCGACGCAGGAUUUAACAGGGAGGAAGAACCAGGGAGGGGUGCAGAGCUGAGAGGAGGCGGGUUUUGGGUGAAGCUGAGAAACAGAGAGGAAGAGACAGAGAGACUGUGCAGUCCAACAGUCUAAACAACGUAGGACGUAAUAAUGGAAGCAAGCGUUGAUUCUCAGGAAAAAGGCCACGGCAACACUCUGACAGGAGCACACGCUCCCCAGUCGUCACCCCUCUCACCUCCUUCCAUACCUUCCUCCCUCCCCCCUUCAAGGCCAGGCCGACCCAAACCGCCACCUCCGACCGUGAAGACCUCCCAGCUCCCGUUUCGACCUCCUCUACCUCCCUCUACUCUAUCACUCCCUCCCGUAUGCAAAUCUACUCCCCCACUCCCCUCUAAUCCGCCUCCCCCAUCUAGUCCAUCCCCUCUCGUCCCCAAUACAUCUCCCCCUUCUCUCCCACGGCCUCUCUCCCCUGUGCCCCUCUCUGUGUCUCCCUCACCUACCCUGCAGACUUUUAGCCUCACUGAGCUCCCCCCAUGUUUAACUCCUCUUCCUUCAACCUCAACCCAAGCAGUGUCACCAUCCUGCCCACCUCCUCCCCCUGUCAUCCUAACACCCUUUCCAACACCUCCACUGCUGAGCUUUAUAGAUCAGCUGGUAGAAAGUGCUCCCGUAUGGUUGACCAAAGGACUGAGCCAAGAGCAAAUCGCUUGUAUCCUGGAAAAGGAGACUUCAGGGGCGUUCCUGGUUCAGAGUACCGACGACCAAAACAUGAUACUGUCAGUGCACUUGCCAGAGAAGCAGGAGGCAUCGCCUGUACGACACCUGAAGGUCAAGCAGCACAAGACGUUUCUUCACUUAGACGGUUCCACUCUUGUUUUUGAUGAUAUCUACAAACUCGUCUCCUUCUACUGUGUCAGCAGGGACAUCCUGGCUGCACCACUGAAUUUACCCCAAGCCAUUACAUUGGCAAAACAGAGAGAAGAACUGGAGAUUAUUUCUGCUAUGGGUACAGACUUCUGGACAUCAGAUAUGAAUGAGAAGACGAUGAGCCAGAAUCUGGAUUUGGAUCAAAGUCACAACAAUUACAUUUAUGUCAACCCAAUCGCUUUGGAGGAGAAACCCAACAAGCAGGCGAAAGACUUUGCUGAUUCCGAACCAAAAAUCGAAACCCCUCAAAGCAUCGUGUUCUCCUUGCUGAAUGGAGAAACCCUACAGAAGGAAACCCCAGAGGUUAAGGGCCAGAUCAAGAUCGUGCCUAACCGAGAGUCCAAAUUCAAGCGGCCUCCUCCCAGGCCCCCCAGCUUGGGCAUAGGCUCUGGGAUGGGCCUCCUCUUUUCAUCUCCCCCCUUGGACAAAAGUUCACCUUCUUUGACCUCUGCAGCUGACAGAAUGGAGGAAGGAAGAGUGGGGGGAGAGGACAAAGAAGAGAGGAAGUCAAUGUUGACAUCACCUCCUCCAUCAAGACCUCCCGUUCCCCCGCAGAAUCGAGCAGCACCCCCUCUGCCUCCUGCACCUCUCCGGCACAACUCUGCCAGGAACAGUACUGAUGGAAUAGAGAAGGAACAAAAACGUAUGAGGGGAACCGAAACAGAAGGCUUGCAAAAGGAGGAGAAAACACUGCUGGAUGACAACGUUGAACUGUUGAACAACAAAUACCAAGAGGGGGCUAAAAAAGAGAACGUGAAAGAGAAAGACAACGAAAAAAGUGUGAGAAAGGAUAAAGAAGGUGACAAACACUUUCACCCUCAGCCUAUAGUGAAAAGACCCACUCGACCAGUGCCUCAGCCAAGGAAAAAACUCUGGUCUUCAGAGAGACCUGUGAGUCCCAACCAGGCUCCAACAGGAUCACCCCAUCAAAAUGCUGGGAUGAAAGGGGGCCCUCCCACCCCGGCAAAGCGGCCAGACGUGUCACUGUACUCUCCUCAGGGGGGCACUGUGCUUGGAACUGACCCUGACUCUUGCUCUAAUAGCAGCACUGAAGAAGAAGGCGAGAUGAACCAGGAGCAAGAUCAAAUCUCUAAUAACCCUUCAGAGACUCGUGGCACCAAAGGAAAGCGAACAUCAACCACCAUCAUGUUGGACAAAGCUCGUUCCCGCCUGUCUACUGUUAUUACUGGCCUCAUCAGUCACGAUCGUCGCCUCUCACAACGCAUUGUGGAGCUGGCCAGAGAUCCUCUGAGCUAUUUUGGUAACCUGGUGAAAGAGCACCGAGCGUUCACCCUUGAGACCAUGUCCAAGCACUCCACGUCCACUGAGCUGUUACAGGAGAUGAGGCAGAUGAUGACUCAGCUGAAGAGUUACCUGCUCCAGAGUACUGAGCUGCAGGCCAUGAUGGAGCCACAGCAUCAAUAUUCACAAGAAAAACUGGAGAGCAUCGUUGAAGCAUCUCUAUGUAAGAGUGUACUGAAGCCACUGAGGGAGCCUAUUUAUAACAGUCUGGAGAAACUGCACACCAACGAUGGCAGCCUUAAGCAAAUGGCACAGAACCAGUCUGUGGUUCUUGGAAGUACCACCACAGCUCUAGGAGUUACCACUGCAGUCCCUGAAGCCUCAGCAAUGGAGAAGAUUAGCAUCAAACUAAGCAAUCUCCAUCUUGAAUACUCUCCUCAAAAGAAGAUUGACUUAUUGCUGAAGGCCUGUAAGAUCAUCUAUGACUCUAUGUCUGUCAGCUGUCCAGGGCGGGCCCAUGGAGCUGAUGAUUUCCUGCCUGUAAUGAUGUAUGUCCUGGCUAGAUCCAAUCUGGCAGACUUAAUGCUGGAUGUGGAAUACAUGAUGGAGUUGAUGGACCCUGCACUAACAAUAGGAGAAGGUUCAUAUUAUUUGACAACCACCUACGGAGCUCUUGAGCAUAUUAGGACAUUUGACCAACAGAAGUCAGCGCCACGAGAGCUCAGUCGGGAGAUUCAGGACUCCAUCCAACGUUGGGAGAAACGACGUACAUUCAACCAGGAUGGUUAUACCCAAAACUCUGUUCAGGACUUCUUGACAGUGUGCUGUCCUGAAAUUGGAAGUAACCCCAAAACAUUGGGCAUCUUUCCCACCACCACAAUCCAACAGCUGGCUGAACAAUGUGGCUCACGCUUCGAACAAGACUCGUACAUGCUCAGCAUCCAUGUAGAUGGUGUACUUCGGUCCCUGGACAAUACAGAGCUGGCACUGACUGUGAAGAACAACUGUCAACCAGGAGCAUACUGCUUCAUCUAUCACCCUAUGGACCAAUCCAACAAGCCAUCAGGCCGCACCUGCCCCAGUGGUCCACCCCCACGACCACCCCCACAGAGCAUUUUACAAAACGUUCGAGACCACCGAGAAGCAGAGCCAAGUCUGAUUAGCUGGUAGCCGCUCUCCUGCCAUAACAUAGAGAAGAUGUUAACAAUGUAACAACAUGAUGUUUCUGGUUAUCUGGGCCUUGAGGGAACGCUUCCUCAAAAGUCAGCUCAGGUGUACAUUGAAAAUAUGACCUGGGGUUCUGAUUUCCGUGUAAUGUUCCAAUUAUGGUAUAAUAAGACGGCUAGGAUUCAGGCUGAGUUGUAUUUCUAAACAUCGGGUCUGGAACUCUAAUCAUGUUCAUCUAUUUUUUUCAAACCUCCACAUAAUUGAUUAGUUGUUCUGACUUAAAUAAACUUCCAAUGGUCUUUCCGCUGUUCUUCAUGGGAUGUCCCGGUAGGACAGUUGACGGGGGACUUCCUUGAUGGAAACUACUGUAAUAGAAGGAGAAAAUAAUCCAUCAAGUCAAAAACAUGGCGUACUCUCUCACUCGACAGCACAAUCAUGCACAUAAUAAAGACAUGUCAAGCGAAAAGUUAAGUUAAAUUAAGUAAUUAAACGUGAUCGCUCCUCCUUUGAGCUGGUGGGGUCGGCAGUUAGCAGAUAGAACCAGGGUAGUGCAGCCAACUUGCCGUAUAGGCAGCGAGACUCACUGGUGGACACGGAGUUCCCUUAUUUUUAAAAGGCAAAUGUUGACAGCUAUGAAAAAGGCCGCAAUUGAAUUUUUUCCACAUUUUUGUGCAGCCCUAUUCACAGUGAUUGAAGUGUCCUGUCAAAAUGUUCUAUUACAACAUCUGGAUGACAAGGUGUGUUUGUGUUUAACUUUUUAAUUAAGAUGCACAGAUGAGAGAAACACAAGUCAGUGAAGGCAGGUUUAUUAUUAUUAUAUUAUUGAUCUGCUCUAUACUGAUCAUUAUUUUAAUUCUAGUAUUAACUUGUUUAAAGGGACACCUUGGACCAAAAGUUUCAUUUCUGAUCCCUAAACAACAAAUUGUACCUAAUGACGUUGUAAAUAAAGUGUUUUUUAUAAUUAAA